GCGACGCACGCUCCUGCGACGCCUUCGGGCGCAUCGAGCGUCUCUCCUGCGGUUCCUGCACAUAACCCUAUAUAAUGAUUCGUUCGCCUCGCAUUGCAGCAAACCGCUCCUGCAUUGCACAAUGAUGCCAAAAGGCAGCGCAACUCUUUUGCUCAUUUAAACCGAAAUCUCAAUCGUUCGUAAACCCAGUGCCUUAAUGAAUAUCAACGGAAGUGAUCGAGAUACGUGAUUGUAUUUUGUGCGCAUAUCGUUUCCGGUGUCCACAUCACUACUCAUGAGUUUAAAUCCAGUCAUAUCAAAGCAGCAUCAGCAGAAAAUGGAUCAGAAGAUGAUGUAUGCCUUUCGGGGCUGGAUCGCGUUCGUUGCUUUCAUGGAUCUGGGCACGGCGGUGCGCAGCUACAUCGAGAAAAGGUCCUUUCUCAGUAGCACUUUAUCGGAAACGGAUUAUGACGAUGAGGAAUACACAACGUCGAGGAUUCUAGGAAUUUAUUCAAUACUCAAAGCGCUGGCGCUGAUCCACUGCACAUUGUACAUACAUUACAAACCUGUCGUCAGCAUGGGCAUGUGCUCGCUUGUGGUGACUAUCGUUUUGUACGUUACGGAAACACUGUAUUUUCGCGCAGCGACGCUCAGCUUCUACGUUGUCUUCCCGUGCAUUCUCAACGCUCUUACUCUGGGUGGAUUGAUUUAUCUACCGAAAAAAUUAAAACUUUGGGACCCGCCAGCGGACAUUGACGAAGAGAAUCACCUCCUGAAACACGCCAGCGCCAUGAAGCGACGACGCAAUACAAGAAACAAACAUAACCAACAAUGAGUGAAUAUAGGUUACGUUGUUUUUUCUAGUGUGCGACGCGUUGUAGGAAUAGCGGCCAUUUUAUAACGCCAUUGAAGUUUUGUGACAUAGUGUACAAGUCACGCCAAAUUACCUUUUAAAGAAAUGAAUACCAGUAGCAAUCGUAGGAAAUUUCCUUAAAUCAAUGCAUAAUCAAGCAAUAUGCGCCCUAAUCACGUAUUUUAAAGAUUUCUAAAUAGGGCACACCACGCAUUUUCUACCAUUAUUAUAAUAUUACUCUAGCGUUAAAGUUACAGUUACAGUUAAGGCGUAAAGGGUUGACUAUUAUUGUAGGUUUCUUACUACAUAUUGGACUUUUAAAGUAAACUACUUCCCUCUCCCAAAUGUUUCGUUCACAUGUUGUAUGUAUUUCGUUGAUCACAGAGUGAUCGCAGAGAUGAUAUCAUGUUAUACUGAAAUAUAUACUUAUAUAUCGAACAAACAAUGCUAACCAGGGAUUAAAUAAUAAGUAGAAUUGUUUCGAAAAUAA